AUGGCAUCCGUACUUGGAAACAGCAGCCGCGCGUCGGGCGCUCAGAGCGGCCAGGUCAAAUGCAAGCUGAAGCGGAGGAGGAGGAGGCGAUCGAAGAGAAAAGUAAAUCCCUCUCUCAUCCAUCGAUUCCAGCAUCCUUUAGGGGCUCCUUCUAGGAGCGACCGACAGGCUUAUCUUGCAAAUCCUUUAAAAGAGAAAGUCAGUAUGCUGUCAGCAUUGAUCGCUCCCUUCAAGUACAUAAGCCCUGGGACCAACAGCACAGAGGACGAGGACAGUUUAAGCACCAGCAGUGCAGAGGUGAAGGAAAACCGUAACAUUGGUAACUUAGAGGAUCGGCCCAUAGCCUCCGCAGAGUGCCAGUCGCUUUUCUGCUCCGACUCGACAAGAAGCGGGAGCUCUGGCCUGAAGAGGAAAAGGCCGCUGGAGGAAGACAACAACGGGCACCUGUGUCAGCUCCGUCUGAUUUAUAAGAAACUCUCCUGGUCUGAGGCUCCAAAGAACGCGCUGGUGCAGCUGAACGAGCUCCGGCCGGGCCUGCAGUACCGCAUGGUGUCUCAAACGGGUCCCGUCCACGCUCCCGUCUUCUCAAUCGCUGUGGAGGUCAACGGGUUGACCUUCGAGGGCACCGGUCCCACGAAGAAGAAAGCUAAGAUGAGGGCUGCAGAGUUGGCCCUCAAGUCCUUCGUCCAGUUCCCCAACGCCCCUCAGGCCCACCUGGCCAUGGGAAACAUCUCAAACCCUUCUGCCGACUUCACCUCAGACCAGGCCGACUUCCCUGACACGCUUUUUAAGGAGUUUGAAUCCUCGCCGUGCUCCGACGGCCUGUCAUUGUGCAACUCAGCGACGGAGAGCGAGCUGCUAUCGAGCGAGCUGCUGAGACACGGACGGUUGCUUCGCCACACCUUGGACCUGAUGGUGCAGGCUCAGCAGAGGCUAGGUGGGAUUGUUCCAGAGCCCGAGGCCCCCAAGAGCCCCGUGGCACUGCUCAACGAGCUUCGGCCGGGCUUGCACUACGCCUGCCUUUCGGAGCGGGCUGAAGGACGACGGCUGCGUAGCUUUGUGAUGGCGGUACGCGUGGACGGGCGGAUAUUUGAGGGCUGUGGGCGCAGCAAGAAGCUGGCCAAGACCCAGGCGGCCCAGUGUGCUCUUCAGGCCCUCUUCAACAUCAGGACAGCCCCUGAGGGGAGGACAGGCCUCAAAGCCAGCAGGAAGAGUUGUCCUCAUUUACCCCAGGACUUUGCCGAUUCAAUAUUCCACUUGGUGAGGGAGAAGUACCGGUCGCUGGUGGGCGGCUGCAGUCCUGCGCACGCUCGACACAAAUCCCUGGCAGGCAUCGUAAUGACCCGAGGUCUGGACCUGAGGCACGCCCAGGUGGUGGCAUUAUCCACGGGCACCAAGUGCAUCAACGGCGAGUAUCUGAGCGACCAGGGACAAGUGGUCAAUGACUGUCAUGCUGAAGUCACAGUCCGCAGAGCCCUGCUACGCUUCCUCUACUCUCAACUUGAACUCUUCUUGAGCAAAAGGCCAGAGGACUGGGAGGAGUCGAUAUUCGUGCGUCACAAAGAGUGCGGCUACAGGUUGAGAGACAACGUCCAUUUCCACAUGUACAUCAGCACGUCGCCGUGUGGAGACGGGAGGCUCAACUCGCCAUACGAAAUCACCACCGACCUACACAGCAGCAGACACCUAAUGAGGAAACACCGGAGCCACCUGCGGACCAAAAUCGAGUCGGGCGAGGGGACGGUGCCGGUGCGAUGCCGAGGACCCGUCCAGACCUGGGAUGGAGUCCUGCAGGGCGAACAGCUCAUCACCAUGUCCUGCACCGACAAGAUCACCAGGUGGAACAUCCUGGGCCUGCAGGGGGCGCUGCUCAGUCACUUUGUGGAGCCUCUGUACCUGCACAGCGUCACUGUGGGCAGCCUGCGCCACACGGGUCACCUGGGCAGAGUUCUGAACCAGCGGCAGGAGAGACUGGGCCCGCUGCCGGCGACGUACCGACGCAACCAGCCGAUGCUCAGUGGGCUGAGCUGUGCCGAGUACCAGCAGCCGGGGAAGGCCUCGUGCGUGAGCGUCAACUGGACGCUGGGCGACGCGCAGCUGGAGGUGGUCAACACGGCGACGGGACGGAGACGGGACUCAGGGACAGCCUCGCGCCUCUGCAAGCACGCCCUGUUCAGCCGCUGGAGCAGACUGUACCGCAAGUUGGGGAUCCACGUGUCCGGCUCGGCGGACCGCCAGCUCAUGUACUGCGAGGCCAAGAUGGCGGCGCGUCCGUACCAGACAGCGAAGCAGCAGUGGUUCAGAUCGCUGCAGGAAACGGGCCUCGGGACCUGGGUGAAAAAACCGCCCGAGCAGGAACAGUUCCUGCUGUCGGUGUGA